CUACAGCGGGCAGCGGAGCCAGUACACACACACACCGUGAGAGGCUCAGCAGCACGCAGACGUACGCAGCUUUCACUCUGGAUAUUGUACAACACCAAACCGCUCGGAUGUGCAAUAUGACUUUUGAAGAAAACAGUGGAGAGAACUCUUCAGAAAGGAUGGAAACGGUGGCCAAAGCACUAGAGGAGGUCCUGAGCUCUGCAUUACCACAGGGUUGCAUCACAGUUGGAGUCUAUGAGGCAGCAAAGUCACUAAACGUGGAUCCGGACAACGUGGUGUUAUGUCUGCUGGCCACAGAUGAAGAGGAGGAUGUGGCUCUCCAGAUCCACUUCACCUUAAUCCAGGCAUUCUGCUGCGAGAACGACAUCAACAUCCUGCGCGUCAGCAACAUGAGGCGUCUGGCAGAAAUCCUCGGAGGAGUAAAGCCUGGAGGGGAGCCCUUGGACCUGCACUGUGUUCUAGUUACUAAUCCUCAGUCGUCGCAGUGGAAAGACCCUGCACUGAGCAAAGUGAACAGAUUCUGCAGAGACAGUCGCUGUCUGGAUCAGUGGGUGCCUGUUAUCAACCUACCUGACCGAUGAAACAGCUUGGAAUAUGAAUGUAUUGUGUGCAUUUGGGGGAAAAGUAACUGCACAGGGCCUGUGUUAAUGUCUGUUGGACUUCUUUGGAAAAUGCCCCAGAGAGAGACAGAGAGAGAGAGACGGGAGGGGCAGAAAGAAGAAACAAAAAAAGGAACACAAGGAAGCCAAACGUUCCAACAAAUUUACCAGGUCAGGGUGAACUUGUGGGCCAAGAAGUGUGACUCAGCAGUCUGGGUUCCAGGAUUUCCAACGUAUGACUGCGCCUUUCUCUGCCAAGAAAGAAGCCUUUACAGGAAACUGAAUCAUGUGAGUGGACAAGCACACGUGGUGGGAAGCACAAGCGCAGGACUGGGGAGGAAGCAGACAGAGAGCCUCAGUUGACAAAACUCUAAGAACUGGACCACGCUGGAGUGGACUGGUCAGAGCUCUGAGCUCAAAGAACUCCUCAUGGAAAUUUAACCAAUUCUAAGCAUUUCUUUAAUAGCACAUUUAUUUAAUAGUAUUUAACUCAAAAGGGAAAGUUUUCAGUUUAUUAUCAUUAUUAUUAUUAUUAUUAUUAUUUUUAAGGGCAAUGCAAUGUUUAGACCUGUCCACUAACUGAUUUUUAUGUGCUCUUAAUUUAAUGAAUUAUAUUUAUUGUGCACAGUUCAUGGACUUCUGCUUUGUUCAUUUGAAUGAAAUAAACAAAAAAAGCCAAAGUUGA